CCGUCGACUCUCUUGAUACUUUGAAAACUUAGUGCAAGUUGUCACCGUGUUGUGUUCUGAUAUGCAGCCCAGUUGGAUUUGAUCGCUUUAGGGAACAACAAAAGUGAAAUCCAAAACACUGCCCUUGUGGCAGACAAGUACGAAUAUGACAUGUUUAAGGGGGUAGCGGCUGGCAUCAUGUUGAAGGGCCUGGGCAAAUGACAGUUCGUUAAAAUCUCAGAAAGGAAGAUGAUGUUGCACGCUUGGAAAAAAAAAAAUCCCUUAACAUUUUCAGCUGAACUCCCAUUUGUCAACGCUGGCCAGUAUACACAAGAUUUACCACACCCUCAACAGGCUGAACCUGACUGAGGACGUGAGCCCGGACACUCACUCCGCAGCCUGCUGUUCUAGAGCCAUGCCACCCAGGAAAAAGAGGCGACCAACUGCUGGCGAUGACCUGUUUGUCAAAAAGAGUAGGCACGACAGUAUGUACCGGAAACAGGAGGCCUCCCGGAUUAAAAGUGAAGAUGUGUUCUCCAGUAAGAGGUGCCUGGAGUGGUUCUAUGAGUAUGCAGGCUGUGAAGAUGUUGUUGGACCGGAGGGCAUGGAGAAGUUCUGUGAGGACAUUGGAGUAGAGCCUGAGAAUGUGGUCAUGCUGGUUCUGGCCUGGAAGCUGGAUGCCCAGAGCAUGGGCUACUUCACGCUGCAGGAGUGGCUGAAAGGCAUGAGUGACCUGCAGUGUGAUUCCACAGAGAAGCUGAGAAACUCUCUGGAUUACCUGCGGUCCGUACUUAAUGAGUCCACAAGUUUCAAGCUCAUUUACAGAUAUGCCUUUGACUUUGCAAGGGAAAAAGACCAAAGGAGUCUAGACCUGAACACAGCCAAAUGCAUGCUGGGAUUGCUGCUUGGAAAGACGUGGCCUCUCUUCCCUGUCUUCAACCACUUUUUGGAGCAGUCCAAAUAUAAAGUGAUGAACAAAGACCAGUGGUGCAACGUGCUGGAGUUUAGCAGGACCAUCAACCUAGACCUGAGCAACUAUGACGAGGAUGGAGCAUGGCCCGUGCUGCUGGAUGAGUUUGUGGAGUGGUACAAAGACCGGCAGAUGUCGUAGCGGCGAGGGGAGUCCCCUCGGCGGAGAAACCGAACCAGCGGAAAAGACGGUGACAGCCCUGCGAAACUAGAAGCUCAGACGCCAGCGAGCUUGGACUGAGAUAGCUUCUUGGGGUCCGUUAUUGUAUGGAAUAGGAUGCAUGCCAUUACUGGGGGGGAGGUGGGGAGUGAGCAGGGGCUCUAUGUGGGGGGGGCCCCCUCUACAUCCUUUGACCCCUCCACCCCAACAUCCCUGCUGUACACAUCUACCUUUCUGUGGUGCAUUGUGGGUAAGCACAUUAUAAGCCCCAUUCUGUGAGCUACGUAUUGCUUUUCGCUUUUUUUGUGUAUGUGUGUUUUUUUUUUUUUUGCUUUUCGCUUUGUCGACAGAGAUGCUCUGUUACAGGGUGGGUUUCUGUUAUUCUGUUAUUAGUUUGCUUUGACUGAGCAGAGGAGGACCAUCUUUGAUUUAUCUGUUACUCUCUGGUUUUACUCUUCAAAACGAAGCAGCCAAGGUUAAAAAAAAAAGAAAGAAAAAAGAUAUUUCAUGUGCCUGGGUUCUUAAUUCUUUUAUACGGUAUUUACAAAAUUUAUUUCACAUAUGAUUUUUCUGCCUAAUAUUGUCUCACUGAGAAAGGAUUAAUGUGUAUGGGUGAUUAUUUUGUGUGAUUGGAAGUCUGUUGUUAUGUGACUCGCUCACGGCCAGUUGAGCACAGUAAGUCACACCCUCUGGUUUUCACUCUCUGAGAAACCUUUGUCACCCUCAACUAUUACCAAAGCACUUAGGGGUUACAGACUGGGCCACACCAUGUGGGACAACAUUUUGGACUGUGGGGGUCUGAAGUGUUAUAGGUGGUGUUUGAACCAGUUGGGUUGCCUUCAACACCACAGACAAAUGUGGCCACAGAGCCAACCUCCAUAGAUGUUCCUACCUGCAAACCACCACCACAACAUUAGCCCCCACAGGCUACCUCCUUGGCCCCCACCCAGACUGAUACUAAGCAUCUACUUGACCCUUAGUCUGCAAGAAGAUUGCUGUGAUAGGAGAAAGGUGUUUGAGUUUUUGGACUGUAGAAGCACCAGUAGGUUGUGUUAGGUUGCAGGUUGGUUUUAAGGUUGCAUGCAGAAUUCUACAUUGUCGAUGCACAUUCUGUGUAUAGACCCAUUCAUGGUUAAUCCUUGAACUGUAUAAUAGAGUUAACUUGCUCUCGAUUCAGUGUAAUCCUGAGUCGGGCAAUUUUGAUGCCUCAUGACACUAUGUAAGACAAACAUACUGGGUAUUAUGGGACCACUAUGGAUCUUGAUCAUAUGGUAGAAGUCUCAAAGUUGAAUGGAGUAUGUCAGUUAAGUGAAGCUUCACCUAGUGAUUCACUCUUAAUCGACGGCUGAUUUAAAGGUGAGGGAUCCGUCACUGCAUGCUCUGAAGUGUAGGUUGUACUCAUUGGGCCCCAUCCCUCACAGCUGUCGUCCAUAGCUGGGAAACCAUUGGUGGGUGAGAGGUUAUAGAGCUGAAGGGUGCAGUCUGUAUGAGUAUGAGUGAUUAGAGAUGAUCAUUCAUGUUCAGAAAAAUAAUAUGCCAAAAACAACCAGUGAGAAACAGCUGAUUUUGUGUUUACAUGGUGGUAUUCUGCCCUGAUGCAGGAACUCCUGUUUGUAUAUAUGGUGGUUUUUUUUCUAACCACCCUUGUGAUCUGGCCACUACAAAAUCCUGCUCUAAAUGUUGGGCUCAUUAAGCUAAUUAGAUGCAGACCCGUGUAUCUAUUGGUUUAUUUGUGUACCUCAAUCAAUAUGGUAAAUUUGUUUUAAGUUCCAUUAAGAUGAAUCAGUUUACUUAAUAUCCCCUGAACAAUGAAGUAACCAAAGUCAUUUUGGCACUGGAUUAUUGCUUUAAUAGCAAUAGGGUGCUGUUGUGUAAUUAAGUCAUCAAGAGUUCAGCUGGAAGAAAGGCAGGCAUAUUUUUUUCCCCUGAGGCAGUGCUGAGUGCUGUGGUGCUAAUGCUAAGUGGUUACUGUCGCCAUCCAGUGUUCACUUUGAGCAUUGGCACUAAGGGCAGUAGCUGGUAGGCCUGGUACUGAAGUCCCAUGGCCCUGCGCAUGUCCCAGGACCAGAGUUUAACCUAACGGUUAACCUUAGGAGUACUUUUUGGAUUGAUGGAGAUAAAAAUCAGAGGUGGUACUCAAGGACAAAGGUUGCCUAACCACAGCUUAGGGUAUGACCAUGAUAAGCAGGCCUUUAGCCAGAAAUACAUUUCGGAUGGGUCCAGUAGAUUUUGCCAACUGUGGGGGUAUCUCUUAAUAGAUUGUGCUGGGCAGGAGCAAAUGUUGGGGGUGGCUCAAACCAGUAAUUUUACUACCUGGCUACAUGACUGGUGAUCAGUAUGGUGCUUUGUAGGGGCAAGCAAACAACUUCUUUACACUGGAUAGUGCCUGGGAAUACCCCCGUCACUAUUCUUCUCAGCAUGCAUUGAGCCACAUUUUAACCUAUGGAGUCUGUGAUAAUACCAGGAUUUGCCUCUAAAAAAAUUCUUCAACUUGCAACUUCAGUUUUGUUCAGACUUUUGCAAAGAACUGAGCUGGAAAAAAAGGCUUUUUUUAAAAUAUUGUACGGUAACAUUACAAGCUUUUUUUGAUAUCCUCUGUUUUGCUGUCUUAACACUUUAAAACGGAAUGUUGUAAUAUACUCAUUGCUGAACUGAAGCCGUCACAUCUCUUGAUGAAGAAUGGUUUGCUCCUGGACUAAGGGUGGGGAACGGUGAUACAAUUUUUAAAAAAGCCUUUGAUCGAAUGUUACAGAUUCCAGUCCCAGAUUCAACUGUUCAGUUGCUAUAGCAUUAGGUGCAAGUGCUGAUGGGAAAUGUAGUUUGGAGCAACUGUGAAAAAUACCAGUACCUUAUGCCUCCUCUCUCAGCAGCACGACUUGUGCCAAUCAGGUCUACCUGUCCCCUGAGUCCCAGUUGGGGUAUGGGAGGGGCCUGUCUUUGGCCCGCUACCGUGCCAAGCCUUGGGGAGGGGGCAGGGGGGGGGGGUCGUACCCACGUCUCCUCAAACUUGUCUUAGUGCAUCUGUGAUUUAUGCUUAGCCUUGGUGGUGUUCAUGUUUCGAUUGUGUAUAUGUGUUGAUAUACGUGUGUCUCUGCUUUUCUCUGUAAUUAACCUCCAUAUAAAAUCUUUAUCAGCUG